UAGCCCAGUCCCUGACGCAUUCGAUAACAGUCUCACACACUAGUAAUCCAUGAAUGGAAUAGUUUAAUUUUUCAUUGAAAAUGUAUUGGAUAAUCUUUUUGUUAAUGAUCCAUUUGAGUGCUAUGGAUGUGGUAUCCUGUCAGGAUAAUUCUGAUGACCUCCUCGUGAUCCUGACUCUGUCACCGAGGCAUGGGGAAGACUCCACGAGGGAAUUAGGGGUAUAUUUUUAUUGUCCUCAAUGCACUGAUAAUGAGACUUUAAUUGUAUAUGAUCAAGCCCAACAAAGAUUCGAAUGGACAAUUACCGAGAAAAGUGGAUUCAUGAAGACAGGUCUUCAAGCAUCACCAGAGACAUUUCCGGAUUUCACCGGGGCGAUUCUUCAAAAUGGAACACAAAUAUACUCCACUACUACCGUAGAUCGAGUUAAUUGGAUGUAUAAUAAUAAAUCAGUAUUGAAACAUCUCUCAUUACCUCAACUUGUGAUACCAGGGACACAUCAGUCAGGUGCAUACGAACAUCCGGGUACAUUAGGUAUAUGGAACCUCUGUCAGGAUCUGUCGAUAGAGCAACAAUUAGAGUUGGGGAUACGUUACCUCGACAUCCAGCCAUCUUGCGAGAGAUCCAAAGGUCGAUGUGCGUCUUUCUACGUCGAGUACUCUUUAUUGAAGAUGAUGUCCAUGAGUGAAGUCUUCUCCGAGUUGAAGGCAUUCCUGAACAAGACCAACGAAAUAGUGAUACUUUCGUUCAGUGAUUUCUCAACCGAGUUUCAGAGUGAUGAAGAUCAUGGUAGAUUUAUGGACUACAUCAAGCAUAAAUUGGGAGACUAUCUCUAUCCACUAAAUACCACACCUCAUGGCUGGUCUACUUCGUUGAAAAAAAUCUGGUCAGCAAAAAAAAGUGUUAUCGUAUCGUAUAAUUACGGAGGUCCAGUGGAUCCAGCUUUCGGAACUGGGGUUGAACAGUCCUGGUGCUACUGCAAAAGACCAGAUGACCUGCACGUCUUUUUUGCCGAUCCGUGGAAACGAAGGGAAUGGGAUACCAGAACAUCACCAAGUGUGGAUGUAGUCCAGUUGACUCCUGGAUGGGAGAUAAUCGUGACUCAAGACUCUUCGGAAACCGAUUAUACAUUCGAUUUUAAAGUGUGGACUGAUGAAUUUUCGCCGAAAGUUUUUAAAUGGUAUCAUGAAGAGUGGAAUGUAUCAUCCAAUGUUGUUGUUGUUGACUUUUUCGAGGCGACUGGUAUCGUGGACCUUGCUGUUCAUUGGAAUCUUAAGAGAGGAAAAAAGUAUCAAUCAUUAAUGAAUAAGAAUGAAUAAUUUUGAAUUUGAUGUAAUCAAAAUGUUCAAUAUGUUAAAAUUAAAAAUACCAAAGAUUAGAUCAGAUGCAGGUGCGAGUGAAAGGGAUAUCAUAAAAAAAUAAUUAUUCCAAACGCGUUUCAUACCCUAGUUAAUAAAAAAAAAUGGUUAUAAUGAAAAUGUUAGCAUCUUCUACCACUUCGUUAUUGAAUUAGAAAGCUUCAUUCGA